GCUGUUGCCUUGACUGUCGCCUGUUGCCUUCAGAUUCCGCGACAUACCGUAUUGCCCCAGUACGACUCGAAGCCCGAGCAAAGUCAUACCACUUGACAUUCAAGCUUCUCGCCACGAGGCACAGACUCAUCACAAUGGCGAAUCCUAUGGACCAGAGGAUAGCGGUCCCUAUCGAUGACCCAAACGCAGACACUGAGUGGAAUGAAAUCUUGCGCAAGCAUGGAGUGAUCCCCGAAAAGCCCCCGAGCCCGACGCCGAUGAUUGAGGAGGCCAUCUUGGAGGGACGACGGAUAGCGCACGAGAAUCGCCUAGAAGGCAAAGACCUGGACGAGUUGGACGAGCUAGAGGAUGAGGAGGAUGAAGCUUUCCUCGAGAUUUACCGUCAAAAGCGCAUGCAAGAGAUCUCGUCCAUGCAGUCCAAAGCAGUUCACGGCAGCGUAUACCCUGUUUCGAAACCCGAUUACGCACGCGACAUCACAGAUGCAUCGCACAAGGGCCCUGUCUUGGUCAAUCUGAUAUCCUCUUUGGGCACGAACAUCGAGUCCCGCGUGCUUUCGGAACUUUGGAAGAUGGCAGCGCAGGAGUACGGGGAGGUCAAAUUUUGCGAAAUGCGAGCGGACAAGGCCAUUGAGGGAUACCCCGAACGGAAUUGCCCGACUAUUUUGGUCUACAAAAACGGAGAUAUCGCCAAGCAAAUCGUCACAUUGAUGACUGUUGGCGGCGUCAGGAUGAACAUGGCCAAUAUGGACAACCUGCUUGUCGAGAUCGGCGCUGUGUCCGAGAAGGACCUGCGUGUGGUCAAGCGAAGGAGGCAAGCUGAGGAUGCAGAGGAAGAGCGGGCCAUGGGCAAGGGAAUCAAGACCGGCAACAUCGGAAGGUCGAAGAAGGACGAGGACGAUGACGAUUGGGACUAAGAGGCAGGCAAGCGAGAGUAUGGACGAAUGCAGCUGUUCCUACAAAAGCGGCAUUCUGGUUGACCCUGCGCUACCUUACUCUACCUACCAUCGCGGCAAGGUACUAAAAGAGCACGGGCGAACUCAGCCACGCGGCUGUUGUGGCCCAAACAGUAGAAGACACUUCAGUGCAUCAGCGACGGUCAGCUGCAUAGCCGGGAUUGUAUUGUUUGAUUACACGCCGGGAGUCGGGUGACUGUCUGCACAAGUCAAGUUGUUUGAUGAUGGCACACAAGCCUGGAGAUUCUCACUCUCAUGCCACCACCUACAGUAGGUACCUUC